AGCUAACUUCACAUCAUUAUUACUAACCUACUCACUCAUGUCGAUAAAAUAGUUAACCUUAAACUCAAGCAGAGUAUAACCGCGAUUUUUAAUUUAACGUCACAAUCGAAAUGAUUCCUAUAAGAACCUCACCGUUUAUCAAAUAAGUGCAAACAGUUCGCGUUCAAGUUCAGUUUAUUCCACCAAGUUGAUGUUAAUCACGUUAAGUUUAGUCCUAACCUAAAAGCCGCGAUACACCAUUCACAUUAACACUUAACUAAUAAGCACAAUGUCUUUACUUGCACAUUUAAAUCUCGUUGUUGAACAUUUAAAGCAAGCCAAAAGGUUGUUACCGGAUAGAUAUACGCUUACAACGACCCAAAAGGUUGUUGUUGUUUCUGUUACAACCGGCGUUGCUUUAUUAGGGGUUUUAGCUCGGUAUAUGCGAAGAAAGAAGCAAAUUGUUGACCCAGCAAGAUAUAGGAGAAGUGUUUUUGUAAAGAGAAACACUCGAAAUUCUGGCGUCAGGAGUCCAAACGGAGAUGUAUUUAGUCAAGCAAGUAGUGGACGAAGAAGCGUCGGUUAUAGUGGAUAUAGUGAUCGAGUAACAGUUAGACAAAGUUCAAUAAUAAGUGAAAAAACUUCUUUGGCGUCGGCUAGUUUAGCAAGUGGCGGUUUGGGUCAGCUGCAAGAGAUUGGCGGAGGAGGAGAUGGUGCUCAUUUAACGCCGCAACAAUUAGGAGUGAUGGGUAUGGAAGCUUUAGAAACAAGUAUAAACUAUUGGGAGGAUGCUUUAGCAGCUUAUACCCGAUUAUCAGAAUCUGGAGGUCCCUUAGCAGUUUUAGGCCCUGAAGAAGCAGGAUUUUGUAGGGAUCUUCAACAAUUACUCGACUCCGCUUUGGAACUUCAAGAACGCUCAGAAAUGUUGUUUUUAGACGAACGAUCCGUUUUAUUUCAAACUGGAAGUGCUACUUUACACGGGGACGACGAAUUGGGGGAAAUGUCUGGUGCUGAAAGUUUUGCGUCAGCUCAAGAUCAGGUAGCAGAUUUAAGGGAAUUUGAAGAAUUUACCGAAAUAUUCCCCGACUUAGAAUCGUUACCGUUAUAUCAAGCUGCUCUUCGCCAAUUGGAAAACGGUGGUAUUCCAUGCAGAACUUUAAGAACAGACGUUGUAAAGUGCGGUUCAGAUUGCGAAUAUUUAGCAAAACUUCAUUGCGUCCGAUUAGGUUUUCAACAUCUCCUCAGAGAACCCUCAAAUUACGCCUAUUUCGUAGACGCAGGAAGACAAAUCUUAGCAGACCUCCUUCUUUACGCCGAUAAAGACCCAAAAGAUUUUUUAAUCGGUUACGAGGCGAUGUUAAAAUAUUUACAAGAUGGUAAAAAUUGGCGAGAAAUAGAGGAAGAAUUAAGUUCUAAAGGUGUCAAAGCAUUAACAUUUUACGAUGUCGUUAUGGAUUAUAUUUUAAUGGACGCAUUUGAAGAUUUGGAAUCUCCUCCAUCUUCGGUAACAGCGGUUGUACAAAAUAGGUGGUUAUCAAACGGGUUUAAAGAAGGGGCCUUGACUACGGCUGUUUGGUCGGUUUUAAAGACGAAGAGGAGGAUGUUAAAGUUUCCGACUGGGUUUAUGGCUCAUUUUUAUACAAUUUCUGAACAAUUAUCUCCACUGUUAGCGUGGGGGUUCUUAGGACCCGAAGAAACGCUUCGCGAGACUUGCAUGUAUUUUAAGGAACAAGUUAUGGGUUUCUUAGCGGACAUUUUCAACUUUCAAAAGUCGAAAUUUGUUACGGUGGAAGCGUUAGCGAACGAUAUCAUGAUCAAUCUUAAAGUUAGGGUCGAUAAUAUUUGUCAGCGAUUCUCACCACAAUAGUAAAAUUACGAACGGUGACGAUUUGAUUUGUUAAACCCACGUUUAUUUUAUUUAUUAACCUUUUAAGGAUUUUGUAUCAAAAGUAUUGGUAAUUUUGAUCAAGAUUCGUUAAAAGUAAGGUGGAUUAUUAAGCAUUUUUUAACUAAAACCAAAAAAACUAAAUUAAUGCAUUCCUUAUGGAUUUGUAUAUUUUAUUUAUAAGAAUAAAUAGCAAAUUGAUAUUUAGAUAUCCA